UUGCAGAAAUACAGCUCCAGAAUCUGACAGUGUUUACAGGAAUACAGCUCCAGACUCUGACAGUGUUUGCAGAAAUACAGCUCCAGAAUCUGACAGUGUUUACAGGAAUACAGCUCCAGAAUCUGACAGUGUUUACAGGAAUACAACUCCAGACUCUGACAGCGUUUACAGGAAUACAGCUCCAGAAUCUGACAGUGUUUGCAGAAAUACAGCUCCAGAAUCUGACAGUGUUUACAGGAAUACAGCUCCAGACUCUGACAGCGUUUACAGGAAUACAACUCUGGAAUCCAACAGAGUUUAUAGGAAUACAGCUCCAGAAUACACAAAAUCAUCAUGUGUGAUACUGUUCACUGAGCUGCCCUGUCUGAGCCUAUUAAGUUAUGUCGGACUCUACCCUUCUUCCGGAGGAAGUUCUACUGCAGAUCUUGUCCUUGGUGCCAGCUGCAGACUUGAUCUGUCACUGCACAUUGGUCUGUACCCUGUGGAGGGACAUUAUCAACUCACCAACACUGUGGAAAAUAAAAUGUCAGAAUGUGGGGUACAUCUCUAAGGAGUGCGUGAGAACCCCUAAAGACUGGAAGCAGUUUUACUAUUUAUCCAGCAAGAAACGGAAUUUACUGAGGAAUCCCUGUGCAAUGGAAGGGUUUAAAUUCUGGAACAUUGAGCAAAAUGGAGGAGAUCUGUGGGCAACAGAAGAUUUACCAGGGACCCAUGGACAAGACUUCCCAAAUGACGAAGUUACCAAAUAUUUUGUUACUUCUUAUGAGCCCUGCAAGAAAUCUCAGCUCAUCAACCUCAAGAAAAUAGGAUAUGAUGAGAAACUUAUGGACCUUGUACAACCAGAUAUCGUGAUCAGAGACUGGUAUGCAGCUAGGCAUGACUGCGGCUGUCAGUAUGAAGUUCUCAUUAAGCUACUGUCAGAAAAAAAGAAACCUGUGAAGGUGUUUAACCCCGACCCAGUGAUGAUCGAGCAGUGGAGUGACGCCCAGUGGCACCAGAUGACACACACCUUCAGUAACUAUGGACCAGGGGUGCGGUACGUUUAUUUCCAGCAUGGUGGACAAGACACACAGUUCUGGGCCGGUUGGUAUGGAGUCAGAGUGACCAACAGCAGCAUCACCAUCGAGCCUGAAAAUCUCAGGGCCUGAAUCCUGCUUUAUACGUGAUGUAUACAAAUGGACUUCUAUAUAAUGACACCGAGACCAUGAUUGCAACAGCGUCCAUGACAAAUUAACUGGGUGCACUGUGUUAACCCCUGUUUGUCUGUGCAGGAUGACAGUGCCUAGAAACACUUAUGCUGUAUCAUGAAUCUCAUUAAGAAGGGUAUUAAUGUCUAUGGCAGAGGUGGGCAAACUUUUUGACUCGUGUGCCACAAUGGGUUCAUAUAUUGGACCUGGGGGCCGGACCAAGAGUGGAUGGAUAAGGCGUUUGUCUGAAUUAAUAUAAAUUAAAUUUCGUAACAUUAAAGGUUUAGUUUAAUUCAAGGUAGAAAAGCAUAAAAAGAGUUAUUGUACAAAACUAUUAUGCAAUGUAUUUCUUUCAUAACAUAAUCUGUAUAACUCACCUUCGAUUUUAGUGGGAACAGUGUUGCUGGUCUCCCUUUUUUGCUAAGGCAUCAAAGUCUGGAGUUAGACUUGUUGUUGCAAUUUGCAGAAUAGAUACUGUGCCAGUAUACAGGGCCCCCAUAAUGUGCCAGUAUACAGGGCCCUCAUAGUUCUUCCUCUUCUCCAUAGUGCCCCCCAUAUUAUGCCAGUAUAUAGGGCCCCCAUAGUGCUUCCCCUCUUCUCCAUAGUGCCCCCAUACUGUACCAAUAUAUAGGGCAACCCAUAGUGCUUCCCCUUUUCUCCAUAGUGCUUCCCCUUCUUCUCCAUAGUGCCCCCCAUAUUUUGGCAGUUUAUAGGGUCCCCAUAGUGCUUCCCCUCUUCUCCAUAGUGCCCCCCCCUCUUC